UUAUUUUUCAAUAAUUUAUAUAAAUAUUAAUGGCAUGGACAAAAUAUCCCAGAAAAGGACUUAGGCUGGAUUGUAGGCAGCUAAGCUUCAAUUUCGGUUUCUCUUCUGGGCUGGACUUUGGGCUCUUAGCAUUUGCAUGUGGCGACAUCUUUUUUCAAAUAAGAUCUCUGGCUCUUUUGCGUAAGCGCGCUUUCAGGUCCCGAAACGGACACGAAGCAUGCGUGCGCUGGCCGUUUUGGGCCGACGCUGGUUCUCUCAAGCAAUUCAUCGAACACUUUCUAUCAGUUGUCCGCCUCUCUACCAAAUUCCUUGCAAUUUCGAUUUUCUCUGUACCUACACUAGCAAUUGUUCGCCCGAGAAGAAGAUAUUAGAACCAGGAGAAGAACAAGAAGCACCCAAGAGCUUAUCUUUGAGAAUUGAGAAGCUUGCUAGAGGAGAAUCGGUUGGUUUAGCCUUUCAAAGCUGGAUGCGCGAAGGCUUUCCAAUUCAUCGAGGUGACAUUUUUCACGCCAUUAACCGCUUGAGGAAGCUCAAAUUGAACAAACGCGCGCUGGAGGUGAUGGAAUGGGUGGUCAGGGAGAGACCUUAUAGGCCAAAAGAACUUGACUAUUCUUACCUAUUGGAGUUCACAACCAAACUUCAUGGGAUAUGUCAUGGGGAAAAGCUCUUCACUCGUAUCCCUCCUGAGUUCCAGAAUGAAUUGCUGUAUAAUAACCUUGUAAUUGCAUGCUUGGAAAAGGGUGUCAUAAGGCUUUCGCUUGACUACAUGAAGAAAAUGAGGGAAUUGGGUCACCCCAUAUCACAUUUGGUUUUCAACCGCCUUAUAAUCCUCCAUUCUUCUCAUGGUCGCAGGAAAAUGAUACCAAAGUUCCUGACUUUAAUGAAGGCAUAUAAGACGGCUCCUCAUGUCUCCACGUACAACAUUCUAAUGAAAAUUGAAGCUAAUGAACACAACAUUGAAGGACUGGUGAAGGUAUUUGAUGAAAUGAAGAUGUCAAAAGUGGAGCCAAAUGAGAUAUCUUUCUGCAUAUUAGCUACUGCACAUGCUGUUGCAAGAUUGUAUACAGUGGCUGAGGCGUACGUUGAAGAUGUAGAAAAGUCUCGUACAGGAGAUAACUGGUCAACACUAGAUGUUUUGAUCAUAUUGUAUGGGUAUUUGGGGAAGGGGAAGGAAUUGGAGAGAACAUGGACCAUGGUGCAAGAACUCUCACAUGUUAGGUCUAAAAGUUACAUGCUUGCAAUUGAAGCAUUUGGUAGAAUUGGGCAGCUCAGUCGAGCGGAAGAGCUUUGGUUAGAGAUGAAGUCAAUAAAAGGGUUGAAAUCAACAGAACCGUUCAAUUCCAUGUUGUCUGUUUAUUGCAAAUAUGGGCUGAUAAAAAAGGCAACUGCAGUUUUCAGGGAAAUGGAGAUAAAUGGAUGCAAACCAAAUGCCAUAACUUUUCGACAUCUUGCUUUGGGUUGCUUGAAGGCUGAACUAGUGGAAGAAGCCUUGAAGACUCUAGAAAUGGGGAUGCACUUGAAAACAAGCAACAAAGUGAAGAAUUCAACCCCAUGGUUGGAAACGACACUUUCAAUUAUUGAAAUUUUUGCAGAGAAGGGUGAUAUAGCUAAUGCUGAGAAGUUCUUUGAAGAAAUAGCGAAAGCAAAGUAUACAAGGUAUACUUUUGUGUACAAUACAUUAAUAAAAGCUUAUGUGAAGGCCAAAGUUUAUUUUCCUAGCCUUUUGAGGAGGAUGAUUUUAGGGGGUGCUAAGCCAGAUGCUGAAACUUAUAGCCUGAUAAAACUUAUUGAGCAGUUCCAAACUUGAUUCUGUAAAGAGUUGACAUGUUAUAUAAAUUUCAUUCAUUUUUCUCAAUGGAAAAUGAUUUCUGGUGUGGUUGCAAGUUAAAUUAUUUGUGCAAGCUAUUGGAAAAGUCACAAGGUGCUCGAUAUCAAAUCCCACUUUUUCCUGAUAAAGUUUUUAAGAGACUGCAGGUUUCGCUUCCAGAAGGGAAACCUGUAGAGAAGCCUGUACCUUCACAAAUAGUAUUUCAACCCAUUCGGUUUCACUAUUCCAUUGCACCAACCAUUAUAUCCUUAGAUGAAAUUUCUUAAAUGAGAUUUAGGCCUGAUUGAGGUUUUGCCCUUUAAAGGCUUCAAUGUUGUUGUACCAUACGAGAUUUAACAUCUAAACAAUAACUCUUCCCACUAGUUAGAAUUUUGAACCCAUAAACAAUGCCUGGCUUUUCUACACUAAUCUGAUCAGUAUCUCAUUCCACGAUUAUCCGGAGCCCUUCAUGGCUCUACAGGUAUUUUGACUGGUUCCAUCGUCUCGGAGAACAUUUUUCCAAAGCGAGAAAGCCUGAAUGGUUCUAAACUCUGUUACCGGCCAAAACCUUGAAUGUCACAUCGGAUUCUUCAUCCGAGGGUGUUAAGAUGGUGAACCAAAUGUGAAAUAACAAAAUUAGUCUGCCGUUUGAUAACGACCACAGCAAGUAGUA